AGGCUCAAGUACUGCUAGCCUUGGCAAGCAUUUGUGUUUGCCAUGAAGAGGCAAAGGGAGAACAAGCCUUUCACAAGCUAUGAAGAGUGGGCCAUGGAAUUGAAUGAACAAAAUGAAGCAGACUGGUAUGAGGACCAAAGGGCUCCCACUGAACCUCCAGAUGAAGUUCCUGAUGUAGCACAGUUGGCAGAGCCUGUUGGGACUGGGCCAGCUGAAGCUCAUGUAUUAGUUGAAGUUGAAGAAGAGCCAGCACCUACAACUAGUGCCAAGAAGCAAAAGCUCGACAAGAGACCUCGACCUCUUCCAAAACCAAGAGUCAUGGCUGAGCAACCUGUGAAGCAGGAGGAUGAGGAGGACUACAGGACUUUGUCUCCAGAGGAAGUGUGGGAUCGACUGAAGAAUGCACUUGCAAGCCACCAACAAGGCUCUAUGCAAUCUACAGCUACAGGAAGUGCUGCUGCAGGCUCUGGGCAAUCACAAAUUCCUGCUGGACAAGCACCAUGGCAAGCCAGAGUACCACCUGGAAUUCCUGCUGGCUUGCUGUCAAGGCCACCCACGGUUUGGACACCUGUAUCACCUGUCUUGCAGCAAGGAGUUCCUGAACCUACAACCCUACCUCCUUGGGCAACACCAGUGCAGAAUGAGCAGGCAGUGAACUAUGCACAGCAGCAAACUUACUUCCAACAGCAGGCUCCAGUGAUGCAAGGCUGUGUGGGAGGUGUUGGAGUACAAGCUGUGCCAACCUCUACUGCUUCAGCUCCAAAUGGUUUUGUGAAGGACCAGACUGGUUUUCACUGGCAGGAUAUUAGAGGACAAUGGCAUUCCUUUAGGUAUGCAGAGAAGAAGAAGACCGGCUUCCAAAACAAAUUAGCUGUUCUCACUGCAUUGCAUCAAGUUGGUGAGUGGCAAAGGAUGCAAGAAGAACUUUCAAGAAUGUCCCAGUGGUUUGCACUACAGGAACAGCUACACCCUCUGAUCUCAUUGUACCAGCACAUUGGCAUCACUGCCUUUUACAUACUUGGAUAUUUGCCAUGGCCCAAGUAGGAUGACUUGAGACUACAGCCAAGGAGAAGAGAGA